UCAAUUAGGGAUUAUCUAAACUGCGCCCCGUUCGAAUAAGCCGUAUCGUUACCUUGAAACGAAUAGAAAGGAAAGAAGAUGCGAAGAAAAAGGAUGGAAUCUUUUUGACCGACCGAACAGUUUCCGUAUUCUUAAACCACUCGUGUACACAAUCACUUUCGAAAACGUGUCUAAUCACUCCGAGAAUCGUGUCUAAUAGAAAUAGAGUGAAUUCACAUCAUCGUGUAAUUUCUUUCAAAAUAUAUACACACGUGUAUCCAUAUAACCUUAAAAUUAUCUACGUUGAGCAACAAGUUGAUUCAUAUCGUGCAAUUUCUUUCAAAAUAUAUACGUACGUGUAUCCACAUAACCUUAAAAUUAUCUACGUUGAGUGGCAACUCGAUUCAAAAGAUACAGUGAUAGUUUUCUUUAUUUUGAAAAAUAUAAUUCCAUUGGUGUUCACAAUUACUCUCGAAAGGAUUCGAGAAUCACGGAAAUUCGUAUUAUUGUGCAAUUUCUUUCAAAAUAUAAUCUGAAACAAAAAUGAAUAUAAAAGAUAAUAUACUUUAUAGCGAGCCAAUGUCAAAAGUUCCAAAUAUUUCUCUAGGACAAUAUUUGUUCGACAAUCUGCAUAAUAAUCCCAAUGAUAUUGUACAAAUAGAUAUUGAGACUGAUAAACAUUUAACGCGCAAAGAACUUCUCGACAAAAGCAUAAGAUUAAGCAUUGCUUUGCGAAAUUAUGGAAUUGACAUGAAAGACAGAGUUUCUCUUACAAGUGAAAAUCAUCCAAAUUACAUGAUAGCGAUGUGUGGCACGUUUUUCAACGGAAUUACGUUUGCACCUUUAAAUCCAGCAUACACUGAAAGAGAAUUCGGCCACAUGUUGGAAAUUUAUCAGCCACGAGUGAUAUUCGUAUCUCGACGCACCGAAAAGCUUUUGGUAAAAGUCGCGUCUACUUUAAGCUGGGAUAUAAAAUUAAUAGAAUUGGACGACGAAGCUCUCGAUGGAAAUGUGGUAACGUUGAACGUGUUUUUGGAAAAAUAUGGAAAUAUCGUGGACCCACGUACGUUCACACCGGUACAAGUGGGCGACAACGACAAGAGAAUGGCAGUCAUCCUUUGUUCCAGCGGCACAACGGGUUUUCCAAAAGGAGUGAUGCUCUCUCAUCGAAAUUUACUAACCUUCAUUCAGAGUAUAAGCAAGCCGAAUUUCUUGAACAUUCAACAAGGAGAUCGAAUGAUAAUUUUCUUGCCACUGUUUCACGGCUACGCUUUCGGGAUGAUGUGCAACUGUAUAUGCUCCAAUUCGAUCAUAUGUUUAAUGCGAAAUUACAAUACGGACACUUUACUGAGCUCCAUUGGAAAGUACAAGAUCACGCAUUUACCACUCGUCCCACCUAUCCUGGUAGCUGUCCUGAAACAUCCAAUGUUGCCAAAUUACGACUUCGGCAGCGUGAAAGAAAUAUUAUGCGGCGCGUUGCCGCUUCCGCUCGACAUUGCGAACGAACUGAAACGGCGCACGAAAGUGAAAAACAUACGAAACGGUUACGGAAUGACGGAAUUGUCGAUGGUGUCGAAUUUGAGCGAGAGAUCGUGCAAAGACGCCUCGAUCGGCCCCCCGUUGCCAGGUUUCAAGUGCAAGGUGGUGAGCAUGGAAACGGGGAAGACGGUUGGCGCGGGGAAAGUGGGGGAAAUUUGCUUCGCCGGUGAUCAGGUAAUGUUGGGAUACUACAAGAAUCCGAAAAGCACCGCGGAAACGAUCGACGAGCAGAAUUGGCUUCACACGGGCGAUCUCGGAUAUUUCACCGAGGAAGGAGGAUUGUACAUCACGGGGCGAAUAAAGGAAAUCAUCAGGUACAAAGGUUUCCAAGUGGCGCCAAGCGAGAUCGAGGCAUUGUUGCUAACGCAUUCAAGUGUCAAGGACGUGGCUGUGUUGGGUAAACCCGACGAGGUGUGCGGAGAGUUGCCGAUGGCCGUGGUGGUGAGGCAACCAGGCAGCAACGUGACGGCCGAAGAAAUUGUGGAUUUCGUGAAAAAAAAUUUAUCGCCGCAGAAGUGGCUGAGAGGCGGCGUUAAAUUCGUCGAAACUUUACCCAAGACUCCAUCCGGCAAAGUACUACGGAAGCAAUUGCUUAAUAUCGUGUUAUCCAAAUUGUAAACGAAUUACAUAUUCUGUACGCAUAAUCGCAUCGAAUAAAAUCUAUACUCCCUUCUCCUAAUAGAA